AGUGGACUUACGCGGGAGAGGCGAGGAGGUCUCCAGGCAACUGGAAUAACAGAGGCCAGCUAAAGGCGCCUGCGCGGCUGUCGUUUGCUGAAAGGUCUGGUCUCCAAAGCUAGGUCCUGGGGUUUUCCAUAAGCUGGAGCGGUGCCGAGAGCCUCAGGCUUCAGUCCAGGCCCUGAAUGGCUGGUCUCCAGUUGGCUCCACAUCUGCCUGUGGGCGUUAUGUUCCCACAUAAUAAAACGGAAGCUCCAGGGCUCCACUCAGCCAAGCAAGACCCUUAUGAACAAGGUGACUCUUCCCAGCGAUCCUCGAUGGGGCAGAACAAUUUUCAGCAGAAGCUUUUGAGCAACAAAGAACUGGCACUGUACUCUCAACCCAAAUGGAACACCGGCACACCAGCCCGGAGCUACUCUUAUCUCCAUUAUGCUGGAAUUAGCCAGCGAGACAUGGGCAGUGAUCUCCUGGGCCAAGGAAAGGAUUUGCUUUACCCAAGUUCUCAGUCUCGAUAUCCCAAAGCAAAUGACCAGGACUUCAUCCCCUUUACAAAAAAGCGAGUUGGGGUGGACCGGGCAUACCCACUGAAACCCAUGGUCCACCCCAAGUAUCAUAGUAUAGGAGAGGCCAGCACUGAUGGGGACCAGAAUGUCUGCCUAAGAACCCCUGAGCCAAGAGAAUUUACAGACAGCAAUUUUGAUUUGAGGAAUGGGGUGAACUCAUCUGUUCUUGCUGACUUGCAGCGGGAGAAGGCCAGGGCAAACCUCCGAAGGACUGAGUGGCUGCAGAUCGAAAGAUUGGAAGCUGCAGGGGAGAGCUUAGAGGAGGAAAUUCAAAGAAAAGAGAUUCUCCUGAGAGAAAAGCUGAAGAAGAUAGAAGAGGAACUUAAAAGGAUCCAGAAGGUAAAAGAACAGGCCAAGGGAAAUGAAGACAGAGGGCUACAGAGAAUGAUCUUUCCCAGGAGGGAAGUUAAAGUUGAUAACAGCAACACAACAUACAAACCUGUUUUCUCCCCACAAUUUGGGUCUGAAGAGGUAUUUAGUAGAGACAGGAGAGAGGAUGAAGCCUGGGGACAGCCUCAAAAUUUUAGUUCAUUCCAGUUCUCUGAUUAUAGAAUCCAGAGGCUUAAAAGGGAAAGGCUGGUAGCAAGCAACAACAAAAUCCGAGACCAAGCCUCAGGGCCAUUAGUGGCAAAGUUCUCUCAGCCUUUGGAAGAACCAAGCAGCGAUUUGGAGAGAUCCACAAGAAGUUCUAGCCCAUGCAGGACACCAGGCUCCUCAGGUUCCAGCUGCUCUACUGAAGAGCCAGAACUGGGCAAGUGCAGCCACUGUGGACGCAAAUUUCUCUUGCUCAGGCUGGAGAGACACUCUGCCAUCUGUGGCAGGAUGCAGGGUUCCAAGAGGAAAGUGUUCGACUCCUCCAGGGCCCGGGCUAAAGGCACGGAGCUAGAGCAGUACUUGAAUUGGAAGGGGCCAGCUGCAGUCAAGGUUGAACCUCCUCGGAAGAACAACUGGAGGCAGAAGCAUGAAUCUUUCAUCCAUACCCUCCGUCAUGCACGGGAGAUCCAGCAGAUAAUUGCCAAAGGUGGAAAACCCUCAGACUUGCAUACCAUCCUGCCUGCAGAAAACCCAGACUAUAUUCAGUGUCCUCACUGUAGCCGCCACUUUGCUCCCAAAGUGGCUGAGCGACACAUUCCCAAGUGUAAGACCAUUAAGAACCGUCCUCCACCUCCACGGAAGCAUUAUAGUUGAGCAGGCAAUAAUGGAAACAUCCUUGAGUAGUUAAGAAGGUUCUACUACAGCAAUGAACAGAAGUAGAAUAAUUUGAUAUAAAGAUAAAAAGAAAACUUUGACAUCACCUAGAAUUGCCUGCAGAGCCAGAAACAAUAAGCAAAUGCUAGGCCGCAAGAGGCAGGAGGAAGACCCAGCUUUCCACUAAAUUAAAAUCUCUACUGUUUGCCUUAUGGUUUUGCCCUAGGAACUGAUGGGUGAAGACACAGAACAGCGAGCAGCCUACAUUAAAGCUGUCUUCUUGAAAGCCAGACUGUGGUUUGUACUAGUGAAGUGCCUGUAUUUGGUUGUACCUUUCGGUCAUGGUAUGUGUGUGGUUUCUGUUAAUUCUUCUGGCUCUUGCAAGAAGUUGAAGUUUUGAGAGGAGUUGGGAUCAGAGGACCAUGAUCACCCAGAUGGUAACUUUUAUAAAAGACAAUGCAAGGGCUUUGAAUCAAUCCCCUUCAACACUUAACAUCACCCCACAGUCUCAGCCACAAGGCAUUAUUAAUAGAAAUCUAUCCUUGGCUUCCCUGGGGCAUGGUCCUGGCCAAAUGCCAAAAAAAGUAUGUGAUGUUAGGGCAGGAAUUAUGUCCUAAACCUUCCCUGUGUUGUUCUGUAUAAUAAAGGAAACAUCUUUAUUUACUUCACAGAGUAGGGGUGGUAGGGUACCGUGGUAGGAAGCUCAUUAUUCUUCUCCCUACUUGUUCUUUAUUCUAAUGGGUUUCAUAUGUUGAAAAAAAGAAAAAGGAAGAAGCUGCUAGCCCUCUGGCUAUCAAAUUAGGUUGUUGAUUUUUUUUUUUUUUUUUGGUGCUACUGGGGAUUGAACCUAGGGAUGCUUUACCACUGAGAAAUAUCAUCAGUUCUUAUUAUUUAUUUAUUUUUAAAAUUUUAAAUAGGGUCUCACUAAAUGUCUGAGGAACUUGUGAUCCUCCUGCCUCAGUAUCCUUACUAGCUAUGAUUACAGGCAUGUGGUGACCUCCACACCUGGCCUGAAUGACUUUGAUUCAAUAAAUCUACCAUCAAAGCAAGCUGGGACUGUGUAUAGUGUCAAAUGUCCUUGCUGACUAGAGCACUGUCCAAUUUCUAUCUUAGAGAGUAAACUUUGAAGGGAAAAAGAGCAGAUCUUUUAAAUUUUCUAUGAAGAAUAGUGCUUAGUGCAAGUUAGGCCCUCAAUUAAAGGGUUUUGAGGACUUAAAAAAUUAAAUAUAAAGAUCAGUGAGUCCUUAAGGAAAGCUCAUAGGCACAAUGGAUAUUUACUUAACCCAAUAUUUACAUUUCCCAGGCAAGUUUAAUGAGGAAUACACCAAGUUCCACAUUUGAUAUUAAGAGCAAUAGAUGCCAAGAAUAAGCUGUGGCCAUGGUUACAGAGUAGAAGCCUAUGGACAGUUCUGUCCCACAGCUGUGUAUUAUUUGGCCUCACAGUGUUAAAAUCUGACAUUUAAAAACUGGAAUACAGAACAUCUCUUGAAAAACUGGAAACACCGAACCAGCAACCUAAUGACAAAUUUGGGGGGUUCAGAAAAACUGGCUCCAUCAGUGGAGGUGGCAGCAGGUGGGUCCUGUGUCACUUGCCUCAUCUGCCUCCCUGCACCUGGGAUUGGGAUCCCUGGAUGAGAUCAUUAAGGUCCUCAAAACCCAUAAACUGUGAAUAUGUAUGUAGAGAGUGCUUUUUAUAGACAUGGAUGCAGUAGUAAUUCAUUCUUAAAUUGCCAAAGAAAUAAAAACAAUAGUCAAUGCCUGGUGUUCUCUUUGA